CAGGUUGCUACCAGCUAUGUAAUGUUUUUCGAUCUCAUGAGAUGGAAAUUGACCAGUGCUUGCUGGAGUCCCUCCCCCUGGGCCAGCGGCAGCGUCUGGUGAAGCGCAUGCGCUGCGAGCAAAUCAAAGCCUACUAUGAGCGAGAGAAAGUGCUCCAGAAGCAGGAAGGGCUCCUGAAGAGGAUCAAGCCUGGGAAGAGCCAGAAGGUCCGCUUCAGCCUGGCUGAUAUGAUUCAGGAUGCCAUCAUUCACCACCAUGACAAAGAGGUGCUUCAACUCUUGAAGGAGGGGGCGGACCCACACACUCUUGUUUCCUCAGGAGGGUCUUUACUCCACCUGUGUGCUCGAUAUGACAACGUUUUCAUCGCAGAAGUCCUCAUUGACAGGGGUGUCAAUGUCAACCACCAGGACGAGGACUUUUGGGCCCCAAUGCACAUUGCCUGUGCCUGUGACAACCCUGACAUUGUCCUGUUGCUCAUAUUAGCUGGAGCCAACGUCCUUCUGCAAGACGUGAAUGGAAAUAUCCCUUUAGAUUAUGCCAUCGAAGGGACAGAAUCUAGCGCUAUCCUGCUGGCCUAUUUGGAUGAAAACGGGGUGGACCUCAACUCGCUGCGCCAGAUAAAGCUGCAGAGGCCCCUGAGUAUGUUAACAGACGUCAGGCACUUCCUAUCUUCAGGCGGAGAUGUCAAUGAGAAAAAUGAUGAUGGAGUGACCCUGCUCCACAUGGCGUGUGCCAGUGGCUACAAAGAGGUGGUGGUGCUUAUCCUGGAACAUGGUGGAGACCUCAAUGGGAUGGAUGAUGGGUACUGGACGCCCCUGCACUUAGCAGCCAAGUAUGGCCAGACAACCUUGGUGAAACUCCUUCUGGCACAUCAGGCAAACCCCCACCUUGUGAACUGCAAUGGGGAGAAACCAUCAGACAUCGCUGCCUCUGAGGCUAUUGAGGAGAUGCUGCUGAAAGCGGAAAUCGCCUGGGAAGAGAAAAUGAAAGACUCUCCGUCUGCUCCUGCCUUAGCACAGGAGGAGCUGUAUGAUGAGAUUCUUCACGACCUCCCAGAUCUUUCCAGUAAGCUAAGUCCCCUGGUGCUACCAAUUUCGAAGCAGGACAGUUUACUGGAAAAAGACAUUAUGUUCAAAGACACAACAAAAGGUCUGUGCAGGCAGGAGUCCCAGGACGGGCCUCCUGAGACCAGCAUGGUGAACAGCUGCAGCAAGUCAGAGCAGGUUCAGCUCACACCUCCGGCUCCCAGUGAUGACCUAGCCACACUCAGUGAGCUUAACGACAGCAGCCUGCUGUAUGAAAUUCAGAAGCGCUUCGGAAAUGACCAGAUACAUACCUUUAUCGGAGACAUCUUUUUGCUUGUUAACCCAUUCAAAGAGCUCCCAAUUUACUCCACUAUGGUGUCCCAGAUGUACCUGAGCCCCACAGGCCAGCGCAGCCCCUCGCUGCCACCCCACCUCUUCUCCUGCGCAGAACGAGCCUUCCACAGACUGUUCCAGGAGCGAAGGCCACAGAACAUCAUCCUCAGCGGAGAAAGAGGGUCAGGGAAGACCCAAGCCAGCAAGCAGAUCAUGAAACACCUGACCAGCAGAGCCAGCUCCAGCUGCACCAUGUUUGACUCCAGAUUCAAGCAUGCCAUCUGCAUCUUAGAAGCCUUCGGACAUGCCAAGACCACACUCAACAAUGUGUCCAGUUGCCUCAUACAGUACUGGGAACUGCAGUUCUGUCAGAGGAGAAAACACGUAACUGGAGCCAGAAUUGCUACUUAUAUGCUGGAGAAGUCCAGGCUUGUGGCUCAGCCUCCUGGCCAGGGUAGCUUUCUGAUUUUCUCCUGGUUGAUGGAUGGGUUAUCCAUGGAAGAAAAAUGUGGACUUCACCUUAAUAACUUCUGUGCACACCGGUAUGUGAGCCAAGGCAUGCGGGAAGAUGUGUCCACAGCAGAGCGUUCUCUGAACAAGGACAGACUUGCAGCUCUGAAACAUGCUCUGAAUGUAAUUGGCUUCAGCGCCUUGGAGGUGGAGAACCUGUUUGUUAUCCUAUCGGCGAUAUUACACAUAGGAGACAUUCAGUUCACCGCGCUGACAGAAGCUGACUCGGCCUUUGUCUCUGACCUGCAGCUUCUGGAACAAGUGGCAGGCAUGUUGCAAGUGUCGACAGACGAGCUGGCAUCUGCCCUAACAACUGAUAUUCAGUAUUUUAAAGGAGACGUGAUAAUACGCCGACACACCACGCAGAUUGCUGCAUUUUACCGAGACCUCCUGGCCAAGUCACUGUACAGUCGUUUGUUUGGUUUUCUGAUAAACACUGUGAAUUGCUGCCUCCAGAAUCAAGAUGAAUAUAAAAGCCUACAGACAUUGGAUAUCGGAAUACUGGACAUUUUUGGUUUUGAGGAAUUUCAAAAGAAUGAAUUCGAACAACUUUGUGUCAACCUGACCAACGAAAAGAUGCAUCACUAUAUCCAAGAGGUGCUUUUCCUACAAGAGCAAACAGAGUGUGUACAAGAGGGAGUUGCCAUGGAAACUGCCUGUUCUCCUGGUAACCAGGCUGGAGUUUUGGAUUUCUUCUUCCAGAAACCAUCAGGAUUCUUCUCCCUACUGGAUGAGGAGAGUCGAUUGAUUUGGUCAGUGGAGCCAAACCUUCCCAGAAAGCUGCAGGGUCUCCUGGAAUCGUCAAACACAAAUGCAGUCUAUUCCCCUGUAAAGGACGGCAAUGGAAAUGUUGCUUUCAAAGGUCAAGGCGCGGCCUUCACUGUCAUGCACUACGCAGGAAGGGUAAUGUAUGAAAUUGGAGGAGCAGUUGAAAGAAAUAAAGACUCUCUUUCACAGAACCUCCUAUUUGUAAUGAAAUCAAGUGAAAAUGUUGUCAUCAGUCAUUUGUUCCAGUCAAAACUGUCACAAACAGGAUCGCUCAUAUCUUCCUACCCAUCCUUUAAAUUUGGAGGACACAAAUCCACCCUGCUCAGUAAGAGAACUGCCUCUUCGAUGGUUGGAGUGAACAAGAAUUACCUAGAACUUAGCAAGUUAUUAAAAAAGAAGGGAACCUCCACAUUCCUACAAAGACUGGAACGCGGAGACCCCGCCACCACUGCAUCACAACUCACCAAAUCUCUGGCAGACAUCACUGCGAAGCUGCAGAGGGGCAGUCCACACUUCAUCCUUUGCAUUAAGCCCAAUACCUCACAGCUACCUGGUGUGUUCGAUCACUUCUAUGUGUCUGCUCAACUGCAGUACCUCGGUGUCCUGGGGCUGGUGAGGCUGUUCCGCUAUGGGUACCCAGUGCGCCCUUCCUUUGAGGACUUCCUGUCCAGAUACGAGCCACUGGCUUCUGUCCUUCUGGGCGAGAAGAAGGGUCAGCCUGCUGAGGAGAGAUGUCGGCUUGUUCUCCAGCGAUGUAAACUACAAGGUUGGCAGAUGGGAGUCCACAAAGUGUUCCUGAAGUACUGGCAUGUGGACCAGCUCAGUGACCUGUGGCUCCAGCUGCAAAGGAAGAUUGUAACUUGCCAGAAAGUUAUAAGAGGGUUUCUGGCACGCCAGCACUUACUUCAGAGAAUGAGCAUCAAGCAGCAAGAGGUUACAUCCAUCAAGAGCUUCUUACAGAGUACAGAGGACAUGGCACUGAAGACCUAUGAUGCCCUGGUCAUUCAGAACGCUUCUGACAUUGCCCGGGAACACGAUAGGCUCCGGAAGGAGGUCCAUGCUGCCUACCACAGGAACAGACAAGAGGAAGGAAGCAAGAGAGCCGAAGACCAAGGAGGAUGCCGGCACGUCCACUCCAACUCCGUGCCGGUGCCCAUGGCAGUGGACAGCCUGGCCCAGGCUCUCGCCGGACCUUCCACCCGGUCCCCGUCACUGCACUCUGUGUUCAGCAUGGAUGACAGCACUGGCCUCCCAUCACCGCGGAAACAACCUCCACCCAAGCCAAAGAGGGACCCUAACACCAGGCUGAGUGCCUCCUAUGAAGCUGUGAGCGCCUGCCUGUCAGCUGCCAAGGAUGCAGCCAGUGAAGCUCUGACACGGCCCAGACCCCACAGUGAUGAUUAUAGCACCAUGAAGAAGAUCCCCCCUCGGAAGCCAAAGAGAAGUCCCCACACGAAGCUCAGUGGCUCUUAUGAGGAGAUCUGGGGACCCCGGCCUUCUGGCACUAUGGGCCAGGUGGGCAGGCAUCAGCCCCCAGGAACACUGGGUGUACAGUGGGCCAGGCCUGACUCAGUGCCACAGUGCACACCACAGCUGCCUCUGCACCUGCCAUUGCCACAGGGCGACUAUGACGAUGAUACUGAGCCUGUGUACAUCGAGAUGGUGGGGAAUGCAGCCAGGGCAGGUGGAUCUGAGACUGACAGCCCUGAUCAGGGCGAGUCUGUGUAUGAGGAGAUGAAAUAUGUCUUGCCUGAGGAGGGCUGUGGUCCAGGGAUGCUCACCUUCCUGCCUGCCUCGCCUCCUCUGUUUUUAGAGACUCGAAAAGCCAUCAUCUUGGAGGCUGGAGAGGGGAACUGCCAACCCUUGAAGGAUACAUGUGACAUCCCCCCACCCUUCCCGAAUCUGCUUCCCCACAGGCCACCACUCCUAGUCUUCCCUCCCACCCCAGUAACCUGUUCCCCAGCUUCUGAUGAGUCUCCACUGACACCCUUGGAGGUGAAGAAACUGCCAGUCUUAGAGACCAACCUCAAGUACCCGGUGCAGUCCGAAGGCUCCAGUCCCUUGUCACCACAAUACUCAAAAGCACAGAAGGGAGAAAAUGACCAGCUGGCAUCUCCUGGCUUUCCUGUGUUUAAUGGGCCCAGCAGGAUCUCACCACCCGCCACACCUCCGCCACCUCCGGGGCCACCCCCUGCACCUUGUGGGCCACCUCCUGUACCCUGUGGACCACCUCCUGCUCCCUGUGGGCCACCUCCUGCACCCUGUGGAGCAGCCCCUGCACCCUGUGGAGCAGCUCCUGCACCCUGCAGGCCACCCACACACUUCGCCUUCCCACCAGAUUCUGUCUUGGUCACUGCAGCUAAAGCAUUGACUAACUCUGACCUACCCAGAACACAGCCAAAGCCCAGUUCUGCCCCAGUUCUGGGUCCCUGCAGCACCUUUGUCAAGGCUCCAUACUCACCAGGAAGGACAGCCAGAGCAGACCUCAGGAAGGCCUCAUCCACCUUCUCCCCACCGAGCCCUUACAGCCCACCCAACAGCAGACCACUGUCCAGCCCUCUGGAUGAGCUGGCCAGCCUCUUCAACUCUGGAAGGAGUGUGCUGCGCAGGUCUGCAGUGGGACGGAGGAUCAGGGAGGCUGAAGGUUUUGAAACUAACAUGAACCUGAGUAGCCGGGAUGAACCCAGUUCAUCAGAGAUGGCAUCAGAGACUCAGGACAGAAAUGCCAAUAACCAUGGGACUCAACUCUCCAGCUCCCUGUCCAGUGUCGUUACGGCUGAAAACGGAAAUCCUGUCACCAACGGUUUAGCUGAGAAUGAUGGGUGCUCCAGGUUGUGUCUGAGCAGCAUGGGGACAUCAUCAUUUCAGAGACAUCGGGAGAGCCACACCACCCAGGUUAUUCAUCAGCUGAGGCUCUCUGAGAAUGAAAGUGUAGCUCUGCAGGAGCUGCUGGACUGGAGGAGGAAGCUCUGUGAGACCAGAGAAGGCUGGCAGGAUGCCGUGCAGCACCCAGAGCCCCGUGCACCUCCACCGCCACCCUGCAAGAAGCCGACACUCCUAAAGAAGCCUGAGGGGGGCUCCUGCACCAGGCUGCCUUCCCAACUCUGGGACAGCAGUAUCUGAUACAGCCUGGACUGUGAGCACAUGUCUGAGCUGUCUAGUGACUGCAGGCUGAUUCUGCAGGAGGCCGCUUCGGAUGCCUGAGGUCUCCUCUCCAGGCAUCUCCACAAAAGCACAGGACACUAACGAUGACUAUCCAAGACCUCCUGUGUGUGCGGGUCUGUGUGUGCUCACUGGUUCCUUCUCCAUUUCUUGAUAGCACACUGAAUUUUAGGGCCACACUGCUCUUAGGUAGCCAGAGGUGAGGAGGCAUGUGGCUGAGGUCAGAGAUCAGAGCAGUAGGGAGAGGUCCUCCAGGCAGCUGUUUUUACUACACCCCACAGUGGCCACUACCCCUCCAGUGGCUGUCAUACGGUGCAGCACAUAGGACAGAUGUUUUGUUUCUUUGUAGUUGUCUGUCAUUAGAAUUUCAAACCCAACGAUCAUUUUACAUGUUGCUACUGUAUUUUAUAACGUUACGCAACUGGUGUGUUCCCUUUCUU